AUGAGGAAAAGCCAAGCGGGGGGGAGGACUCUCGCUUCUGUCAAGUGUUUUAAGUGUGACGAGUCGGGCCACUAUGCUAAUAAGUGCAAGAAUAAUGUUAUGAGGUGCUUUACAUGUGGUAAGACAGGUCAUCGUGUUGUGGAUUGUAUGAGUGAUGGACUUAUUUGUUAUAACUGCGGCAAAAAUGGUCAUAUCAUUACCAAUUGUCAGAAUCCGGAGAAAGCACAGUCGGGAGGGAAAGUCUUUACUUUGUUUGGGAUAGAGACUACCAGUAUUGACUAUUUGAUUCGAGGUACAUGUUUUAUAAAUGGUAUCUCUUUGAUUGUUAUUAUUGACACGGGUGCAACAUAUUUGUUUGUUUCGCUUGAUUAUGCUGAGAAGUUAGGUUUGAAAUUGUCUUAUAUGGAUGGGAACAUGAUUGUUGAUACCCGACUAUGGGUCUGUGUUAUCCUUGGAAUGAACUUGUUGGAGUUCGAUCAUGUCAUUAUCAACUAUUUUGCCAAGAUGGUGUCAUUUCCAAAGUUUGAUACUAGUGAUGAGUUGUUCGUGUCGGCUAAGCUAGUGAAUGAGUUCGUGAAGGACGGUGCUGCAACGUUUAUAUAUGAUAUUAGCUUCUAUAAAGGCAGAGACUAA